AUGCCUCGAUCCGACAGCCCUUCGGCCGCCACAAGCUAUGGUCAGGUCAUCGAGUACAUCCAAGCAGACCGCCUCUACUUGGCUUCAUACACCCACAAACCCAACGCUCAAACGCCAUUUCCUUACACGAAUAAGUCGUCCAGCAAGUCGCCGUCCAAGCGCUCCGCCAGAUCCCAAUCAACCACAACCGCAGCCACCCCUUCGCUGCCUCCCGUAUACUUCUCAGUCGACAAGCACCUGCUUUACAAUGCAUUCCACGCAGACUUUGGCCCGCUGCACAUUGGUCAUCUCUACCGCUUCGCUGUUAUGCUGCAUGAGGUGCUUGGAGAUCCCGAGAACGAGGGAAGACCGGUUGUCUUCUGGUGCAACGCCGACUCAAGGAGUCGCGCAAAUGCUGCGUGCAUUCUUGCUUGCUACAUGAUCUUGAUCCAGAACUGGCCGCCACAUCUUGCCCUGGCCCCCAUCGCCCAGAUGGACCCUCCAUGCAUGCCUUUCCGUGAUGCCGGCUACAGUCAAGCUGAUUAUGGUUUGACCGUCCAAGAUGUCGUCUAUGGUGUGUGGAAGGCAAAGGAGGAAGGUCUCUGUGGCCUCAAGGACUUCAGCCUCGAAGAAUACGAGAAGUACGAAAGAGUCGACAUGGGUGACUUCAACUGGAUUUCUCCUUCCUUCUUGGCCUUUGCAUCUCCUCAACAUCAACCCACUCGCGUCAUCGCUCCCACUGACCCCGAAUGGGCCACUCUUCCUCGCUCCCUUUCUGCUCUUAGCCGUUCGACCUCCGUGCCCCAACCUUUCAAGAACGUUCUCUCACACUUCGUCGAGCGCGGCAUUGGUCUCGUCGUGCGUCUCAACUCGGAGCUGUACUCACCCUCGUACUUCCAAGCUCUGGGCAUCAAGCACCUGGACAUGAUCUUUGACGACGGCACCUGCCCUCCUUUGAGUUUGGUUCGCAAGUUUGUCAACCUCGCACACGAGAUGAUUACAGUGAAGCGCAAGGGAAUCGCUGUCCAUUGCAAGGCUGGUCUUGGAAGAACCGGCUGCCUCAUUGGCGCAUAUCUGAUCUACAAGCAUGGCUUCACUGCCAACGAGAUUAUCGCAUACAUGCGCUUCAUGCGCCCCGGAAUGGUUGUUGGCCCUCAGCAACACUGGCUUCAUCUCAACCAGGGCACUUUCCGAGAGUGGUGGUUCGAGGACACCAUGAGAGAGAAGAUCGCUGCUUCCAUGGUCCCCGCAACUCCCACCAAGGCUACUUCUGGAAACAGCAGACGCCUUGCCAGCAAUGGACAGACCUUUACUCCUCCCAAUGGCAGCACCAAACGCGCGGCUCUUGGUGAAAUCAGCCACAUCAACGAGCAAGAGCCUGCAUCUUUCGCCAGCAGCACCAACAAGUACGCUGUCAACGACGAGAAUCUGCCAGCACCCACACCCGGUCAACCUCGUAAAACUAGCAAGGUUUAUGGCCAUGUCACCGGACGCAAGGUCACGAGAACGGAGAACGAGCCCUUUGAGAUCAGACCAGAUACCGAGAUUGUCAGCAUGCAGCGCACAAGCAUGGGUGAGAGCGAAAGCGAGGAAGACCAGGCACUGCGUGCAUUGACCUCAUCACGAAAAGCAUCACAAUCUCCCAUCAGCCGCAGCGGCAAGCGUCGGGCGGUUAGCUGCACCACGACGACCACCACGACAACAAAGUGGGGUGUGGACGAGAGCGACGUAGAGAAUCGUCUCGCAGAGAUUCACGAAGACUCGGCAAGCCCUCGCAAGCCCAAGACCCCUUCGACUAGAUCUGGCAAGGGCGACAUCAGCAUUGGCAAGCGUAGCUCACCAUCACGUCGCAGCACCGAAGGCAAGACCAGCGUCCGCAAAACAAGUGGUCGUGUCGGCAGCGUGGGCGCCAACGUUCCUCGCACCCGCGCUUCAUGA